UUUUAUUAUUUUAAAAAAAUGGUAGUACACAUAUUCCACACUUGCAUUCUGUUUGGAUUCCUUAUGCGGUGUGACACUGAGUCACGUGGCAGUGGCUGGGCUCAGCCUCCCCGCGGGGUAGCAGAACCACGGCGGCUCAGUGCGUGUGGUAACACAGGGAGCGCGAUGGCCUUGAGAGCCGAACUGUUAAAGUCCAUCUGGCACGCAUUCACCGCCUUGGAUGUAGACAAGAGCGGCAAGGUGUCCAAGUCACAACUUAAGGUGCUGUCCUACAACCUGUGCACGUUGAUGAAGAUCCCGCACGACCCUGUAGCUCUGGAGGAACACUUCAAGGAUGACGACGAAGGCCCAGUGUCCAACCAGGGGUACAUGCCUUACCUCAACACCUUCAUUCUGGACAAGGUGAAGGAGGAGUUUGACCGCCAGGACUUUGACAGGAUGUGCUGGACGCUGUGCGCCCGAAAGAACUUGGACCGCAGCAACCUGCUGAUAUCUGACGACGAUGCCUUCAAGAUCUGGUGCAUCUUCAACUUCCUGUGUGAGGACCGCUACCCAUUGUCUAUCGUCAGCGAGGAGAUGGAGUACUUCCUGCGUAAGCUGACCGACUCCAUGGGGGGCAGCUGGGUGGAGGAGCGCUUCGAGGACUACAAGCUGGAGCUGCAGACCCAGGGGAGGAGCCUGAGCGCCUGGGAGCUCAUCACCUUGGUGGCCUCGGGCCACUUCAGCAAGGGCAUGGACCGCCAGACGCUGUCCAUGGGCAUCAACGAGGUGUACCAUGAGCUCAUCCUGGACGUCCUCAAACAGGGCUACAUCAUGAAGAAGGGCCACAAGAGGAAGAACUGGACAGAGCGCUGGUUCGUCCUGAAGCCCACCUCAAUCUCCUACUACAUGGGGGAGGACAUGGCCGAGAAGAAGGGAGACAUCCAGCUGGACGGGAACUGCUGUGUGGAGCCAUUACCGGACAAGGAGGGGAAGAAGUGUCUGCUGUUCAUCAAGUGUGCGGGGAAGAGCUAUGAGAUCAGCGCGUCAGACAAGAAGAGGAAGCAGGAGUGGAUUCAGGCCAUCCAGACGUGUGUGAGUCUGCUGCGUCUGGGCCUGCCCGCCCCGCACCGCGAGGCCCGUCUGAGGCGCAGGGAGCAGCGGGGCCGGCUGCAGGCAGAGCAGGAGGACCUGGAGGCCCGCAUGAAGGAGCUGACGGCUGCCAAUGACACCAAACAGCAGGAGCUGGAGGCCAUGAGGAAGGCCCUGGAGGAGGCGGCGGCCAGAGCGGCGGAGGAGGAGCGGCGGCGGCUGCAGACCCAGACAGAGCUCCAAGACCGCUACCGGACCGACCUGGAGAGAGAGAAGACGGUGCGGCAGCAGAUGGAGGAGCAGGUGGCCCUGAAGUCCAGCGAGCUGGAGCAGUACCUGCAGCGGGUGCGGGAGCUGGAGGACAUGUACCACCGGCUGGAGGACGCGCUGGAGGAGGAGAGGGCGGCACGCCAGGACGAGGAGACGGUGCGCCGGCUGCAGGCGCGAUUACUGGAGGAGGAGUCGACAAAGAGGGAGGAGCUGGAGAAGAUCCACCUGCGGCAGCAGAGGGCAAUCUCGGAGACGGAGGCGGAGAAAAAGGAGCUGGAGAAGGAGAGGAGGGCCAAGGAUAGCGCCCUGCAGGACGCCAUGCAGCAGCUGGAACACCUGGAGAGCGAGAGGCAGGGGGCGCUGGAGCAGUAUCAGGCGGUGACGAAGAAGCUAGAGGACGCCGCCAACAACACGAGGACCUGGAAGCACAAGGUGGCCGAACACGAGGGCCUCGUACGCCUCAUCCAGCCAGGCAACAAGGGGCCCCAGAGGAUCACCAACUGGGGCCCGGCGGCCUUCUCCGAGGUGGAGCUGAGCGUGCGGGAGAAGGAGUGGCAGGACAGGAAGAGGCCGGCCCAGUAGAGGCAGGAGGCCUCGGCCCUCCACUGGGGGCCUCAGGGGGACCAGGACCAGCCACCGGGCCCCCCGCUCUGCACCCCGUCGGAGUCUCUGGUCCACAGCAGUACUUGAAGAACGGUUAGCGUAGAGAGAUACAAGGGCUCAGUAUUUAAUAACUAACAAAAACAUUUCCAUGUUUAAUAUCAUUAAUAGAUCAAUUUUUUAUGCUAUAUCAGUCAUAUUGUUGGGUAAUCAAAAGACAAAGUAAAAAAUGACAGAAGCUAAAUCUUUCAUGGAAAGCCUUUUGGCUUUGAUCAGUUUUGGUAUUGAUCAGAUUCAAGUUUGGUUGAUUCAGCAUUGGCCCAAAGAAUUCACGGUAUUUGUUGAGCAAUCCCCGACCUGGAACUCAUUUGUGUGCGUGAUUUGGUCGCACGAUCGUCACGGCUUUCAUUGCACCGAGCUGUCUGAGUUCUGCUGGUGACAUUGUUAUCAUCUCUCAGAGAGAAUAGAGUACCCCUACAGUCACGUUUGGUAGGAGCAUCUGAUAAGUGACUCAAUAGAACAUGUUCAUUCAGUCUGUCCAUUUGUCUGUGAAGUGCAGUCCUUUAUGACUAAUCUAAAACAUGGACAUUUUCGAAUAAAACCUUAGAUAUCAUGAUGAGAGCGCAAAAUGCAGGUUAUUAAUACAUGUUUCUGAUUGGUUUCAACUGCCCUGCCCUGAGUGGAAUCAGCGGGCCCAGUGAGAGUCCCACUAGACACCAGCGUUCUGCCCUGGGUCAUCUGGGAAGGCAGGGGUUCUGAUUACGGCUGUCUUGGCGGAGCGCUGAAGAGACACGAGUACUCACGCACUACAUACUCUUCGUUGUUGUUUAAAACCAACAUUACUUUACUUGUAGCUUAGUUGGGAGAGAGAUGGUCUCUCUGAAUGUUUGGUCUCUCUAAUUAAGAGAUGUUCUCUAUGAUGGGUUGGUCUCUCUGACUGAGAGAUUAUCUCUCUGGUGGUUUGGUCUCUCUGAUUAAGAGAUGGUCUCUCUGAUGGGUUGGUCUCUGACUGAGAGAUGAUCUCUCUUAUGGUUGGUCUCUGACUGAGAGAUUGUCUCUCUGGUGGUUUGGUCUCUGACUAAGAGAUUGUCUCUCUGGUGGUUUUGUCUCUCUGAUUAAGAGAUGGUCUCUCUGGUGGUUUGGUCUCUGACUGAGAGAUGGUCUCUCUGAUGGGUUGGUCUCUGACUGAGAGAUGGUCUCUCUGAUUGGUUGAGUUACAGUAUCAGUAACAUAAAAAAAAAGUGGUUAGAUUAGAUAAGAUUAGAUAAACUUUAAUGUCUGUUUACGCAGAAAUUUUUCUUGCAUUACACAUCUCUUCAAUCCUCAAUACGGAGGAUUGUCGUGUCGCCAGCAGAGCAGCGCCAUUCCGUCAGCUGAAGUUUAGUGGAGAGUAUGAUGAGAGAGGUGUGAGGACCUGAUCAGUCGGGAACAAUUCUUGUUUAUGUUUUAGCUUACUUUACUUUAACAGCUUUAAGAAGAGUUCUUUAACAGCUUUAAGAAGGAGGGGACUUGUGUUCAUAGAUUAAAAGAGAGUCAUUGUAACCUCAGGUGUCGUUAUAAACCUUCUCCCAGCACGCACCCAGACCCUUCUCCCAGGGAGGGACCCUCUGUCGUUUUGAUGUCACAAAGGGAGGCUUUUGAAAUGGACACCUGUUACAGUUUAUGUGUGUGUGUGUGUGUGCGUGUGUGUUUGUGUGUGUUGAGUGGAAGCAGACAUAAUUAAAAAAUAUGGUUGAAAAACGAAUGUUUGACAUAUUAACGCACCUGUAAUUCAAAACACACUUCCCUGAGGAUGAAACAUGUGUUUGAAACCCAUCAACAAUUGAUCUUUCUUCUCCCUGGACGAUUUUUCUUUAAUCCAGGGCUUGUAAUGUUUUCCUUUAUUUAAACAGUUAACAGACGGCUCACACAAUGUAGUCUUUCUUGCUAACUGCUGAUUAUUUUUAAUGUUAUGUUUUCACAUUUUUGAUACUGUUAUCAUGUGUAGUUACGUUGAAUGUUGCAUUGCUAAUUUGGAUUGUAUGUAGGGCCAAUAUAAGUAAACACUGAAGUCGGCAAUAAAUACAUUUAUUCUGGAUUUCUU